AUCACUAAAUAUAUUAUGUUUAUAACUUUGUAGUUUGUGUUCCAUUUAUGUCAGAAUCAUAACAAUUUAUUUGCAUUGUUUAAUUAUCUGAAAUACUCUUGUAUUGUAGAUAUUACAAAACUCUUUAAAGAUGUUUUCUGCGCUUAAAAAAUUAACUAAGAGUGGCGAUGACCGCUGUCCAGCACCCAUGCCGAUGUCGUCUUCUUUGCAGAAGAAAUUCUCAAGAGGCGUACAUUUCAACAUGAAAAUUUUAAUUAAAGGAGAUAGAAAUGUCGGUAAAUCUUGCCUUUUACAACGUCUGCAAGGUGGAGCAUUUACAGAGGAAUAUGUUCCUACAGAACAGAUUCAAGUUGCUCCAAUACAUUGGGCUUAUAAAAACACUGAUUAUAUAGUAAAAGUUGAAGUAUGGGAAGUAGUGGAUAAGGGUCGCACAAAGAAAAAACCUCCUCUUGGCCUUAAACUUGAAAAUCAGUCAGCUCCGUCAGCACUCGAGGAAGAACAUGAAACUCCAGUAUUGGAUGCUACAUUUCUGGACGUCUACAAAAAUGCUACAGGUGUCAUAUUAAUGAUGGACAUAACUAAACCAUGGACUUUUGAGUAUGUGGUAAAGGAGCUUACACGUAUACCAGCAGAUUUGCCUGUUGUUAUACUGGGCAACCACUGUGACAUGCAACACCACCGCCAAGUGCAUCCUCAUCACAUAGAACAAGCCAUGUAUCAUGCAAAGAUGACAAGGACUGCUCCAAUCCGUUAUGCAGAGUCUUCAAUGCGAAAUGGUUUUGGUUUACGAUUACUGCACAAAUUUCUAAGUGUGCCAUUUCUAAGGCUACAAAAAACAAGCUUGUUGGAACAGUUGCAAAGAAAUCAAAAGGAUAUGGAGGAAAUUGAAAAGGAACUUGAUGAUUUUCAGAGUUCCGAAGAAUCUCAAUAUAAUGUAUUUUUGGACCGUCUGGCGAAUAAGCGUAGACAGAGUACGGAGCCCGAGACCCGUAUCAAUACCGAACGCUCGCCGAGCAUCGUACUUGGAGGUGGAAAACCUAUUAUACCGCCAAAUGUUAAUCCACUUUUAGCACAAGCCCUUAAUCCAACUGCAGGAAAAAUACAGAUCAAUGAAAAUGUACAAAUGAAACAAAGUCAAUACGUUAGCUCCGAGUUAUUAAAAAGUAAACCCCCAGUUAGCAUGGAUAUGACACCGUCAAAAUUACCUCAAGACAGUGUUCCUAGCACACCAUCCGGUAACAACAUAUCAAUGUCAGGGUCUUCAGGAGCUUUGGACGAGUUCUACGCUGGCACUUUGGAUAGCAGUUUCCUAGAAGACCUCGGACCAAUUAGUAAUAACAACCAGGAAAUAAGCUAUGACACUGAUAGUGAUGAAGAUAACACAAUAAAUCCAAAAGUAAUUGUCGAUGAAGACGAUCUAGACAUUGAGAGCAGUCCACAGAUAAAAACUACAACAGGAAUAGACAAUGUAGAAGUUGAAUCAAGGUCAAAACAUGAUGAUAAUUUGAUAAAUGAAUUUAUGAAGCAAGCAGUCAUAAGUAAGGACCAUGAAGGAAACAGCAGCUUGUCUAUAUUAGGUGAUCAGAAUAUAAAUAUCCAUAGCGACUUUCCGCUGUGGUCUGGGGACUCAAGCGUAAGGAGAUCUCCUGAAGGCGGUGAAGAUCCAGAUAUAGCAAAAGAACCAGAUCUGAAGGCUGACAAAAAACACAAAAAGAAGAAAUCAAAAGAUAAAGAAAAGGGCGAUUAUAGCGAUAAAUCGGAACGUAAGGAGAGAAAACAUAAGCAUAAAAAGACAAAAGGUGAAAAACAGUCGCACCCGCAGGAUGGACUGCUGGCGCCCUCGGCGAGCGCUGCGUUCAACUACGAAGACUACGAUAGCAUUUAAUGUCACUAUUAACAUAGUCACAUAUGUUUAUUGUGUUUACAUAAUGUAUAUCAAUUACUAUUAUAGAAGUGAUACGGCGGCACUUCACUUGGUUAAUCUGUUCACAUGUUCGCAUUUAUUAUAAAUAUGUAGAGGAUCUAUUUGAUUACAUGUUUGCUUCAUUUGGUAUGACCAAUAUGCAUUUAUAGCAAAUACAUCAAAUAAGGUAAAUAUUUGCGAAAACAGUUGGUUCGCUUAAAGCAUCGCUUCGUCUUGGUAUGUCGAAGUUAUUUGCGAUUUCAGUCCAUAGCGUUCUUAUAAGAUUCGCAAAUACACCAAAUAUUUGUUGAAGUGCCGCCGGUCAGUUCAAAAACCAAUCCAGCGCGAUAUACAGACAAUCACACGAAUACUAUAGUCUCAUAUCUUUCACAUUUAUUAAGUUCUGAUAUUCACUAUUACAAUAACAUGAACAUUAUUAUUUCAUUCCUAUACAAGAGAUUAAGAUGAGUUAUAUUAUGUAUUAUUAAUUAUAUAUUAACAGUGUAUAAAGUCUAAAGGUGGCUAACCACGGUGUAUGUUUCUGCGGUAUACACGAUAUUCUUCCCAUUAUGCGUCGGUGCGGGCUGGUCCGCGUCCGUCCGUAAUAUCAUGCAAGGUAGGACGCCACCUUUAGAAUUACUUUAUCACUUUGACAUGUAUUCAAAGCCAUGAAACAGAGAAAUUAAAAAAAGCCUUCCAUUAUUUUCACCAACCCGCAUUGGAGCAGCGUGGUGGAAUAAGCUCCAAACCUUCUCCUCAAAAUGAGGAGAGGAGGCCUUUAGCCCAGCAGUGGGACAUUCACAGGCUGUUUCAGUUCAGUUCAGUUCUUCCAUUAUAGUAACAGCUAGUAUAUUCUUCUCUCCUGUUAAAGAUAACUCGUGGAGCUUUUUCCUGUACGCUCCAAUGUGAGUUCGCAUGUGAUAGAGUUUUAUCUGAUACAUGCUUUCCUUACAUUUUUUUUUAAUUAUAAAUUAAUAUUACCCACAUAGAAAAUUAGUGGUAAAACUAGUAUAUUUUUACACCAAACAAAAACAGAGGUGAAAUAGCCCUGGCUAUUAUUGUUAUUCAAUAAAUCUUAACAGAUUUUAAGUAGACUAAAAUUUUACUUAUUUUGUUAAGUUUUGCUUAUAAUUUUUAUACAAUGUGUAUUUUAAUUUAAAUGUAUAUUUCGUCCAAUUUAGAUAAAGUCAUAGACGGAUAAAUUAUCAUAAUAAAACUGAGAGGGUUUAUUUGUAUAUUAUCUCUUAAUAAAUAAAUGUUAAUGAAUUUGAAUGUGAAUGAAUUGAAAAAUCGGUCUUAGACAAUUGUCUUGACAAAACAAAACGUAAUGCAAUGAAUUAUAGAAUAUUAAGAGAUAAUAUAUAAACCCUAGAGACUUUGACAUUCGAUGCCUCCACCCCAUUAGAAGUGGUUAGAGUAAAAUUAUAUUAUUUUGUCUGGGUGCCUUGUAGAUCUAGGCAUAAAUCCGGGGUUGACAAAACCUAUGAAUUUUAUGUGCUUUUUGCAGAUAUACAAAGUCAGUAGUAGUAGUCAUACAACGAGAUUCACAAACUAUGAUAUAUAUAAUAUGAACCACGUCGUUCACGUCAUACCGUGCAACGUAGCUCCUUACAAUGUCGUGACGUGAUUUUUUACAAUGUCAACGUCGGUUUCCACAACACGUCUUCGCAACGUUACAGGAUGACGCAAUAUGCCACGUUACGUCGUCGUUACGUGCUUAUAUGGGGUAGUCCUUAGAUCUCACAAUUUGCCAUUGAGUCAUUCAUAUUACAAUCAACUGCAACAGGGUUACAGACGAUUUUUUUUCUUAAAUCCGUACAAAAAUAACGCAUAAUCGCAAUAAAUUUCAAAGUCAAUAUAGAAACGAAAACUCAAUUGUACUUGUUACUACUAUUCCGAUUUCAAGCAUGUAAAUUAUAUAAUUAUAAAAGGGGUUUUUUUCAUACUGACUACAUUCCUCAAAAGUGACGUGCAUAUAUGCAUUUGAGGUAACGACUCGUUAUUCAAGCGUCUUUCGGCAGAUUCCACAAAUUCUAAAUACAAAAACCACAUAAACAAGCUACUUUGAUAUAUUUCUAUCGUGUCCCUUUUUGACGAUCGUAAUCGUCAGAAAAAAAGGAUUCUAUAAUAUAAAAUAAGAUAAAAAGGCACUUAAAAUAUAAAAUUAAAUAUAGCUUCGACAUUUAUCGAAUGCACUUUGUCUUGGCCCCAGGUGCCUCACGUUAGCUAUUACUUUAUGCUACGAAAUUUUUUAUUUGUAAUUUGAAUAUAGAUAAGUGUCAUCCAUAAACUUGAUAAUAUAUAUCAUAUCAACCAUGCGUUGACAAAAAAUAAUGUCUUUAUUACUUUUAAAUUUACUUACAAUGAACUGAAAUUGGAUUUGAAUUAGAAUUGAUAUCGUAGCUGCAGAAUUUUUACUGUUGACGUGUUUUUAAAGUACUAUUGCCUUGUUAAAACAUAACAAAUUUUCUAGUAAGUAUAUAAUAUAUAUGUUGAAAAUAUAAAAAAACGUUCUCAAUUAACCGUGUAAUUAUAUAAAAAAAAAUGUUGACAAGUAACCACCCAAACGAUCAAUGUUUUUGAUUCAGAUGUAAUUUAUCUUGCUUAUUAUAAGAAUCAAUUGUUUAAAAAUGCUUUAAGUGUGUGUAAAUUAGAUAUGAAAUAUAUAAUGAGUAUAAUUUUAUUUAUAUAAAAUAUCUAGCAGUGGCGGAUUUUAUCAACAGCUAAGUAGGCCGAGGACAAGGACGGAAUAUUAAACCUACAAUAAAAAAACAUGAUAAAAUUAUUUAUCUCUAAGUACUAUGAUUGUUCUAUUAAAAAUUGCUGUGACUUUUUCUAAGUAACGUCCUAAGUACCUAUCCCACUGUUUGAUAAAAGAUCCUCGUGUUAUGAGAUUUAAUUUUUUUCAAAAAAACUUAACAAAAUUUAUAUUUACUGUUUUUCUAUAUACACUAUUUCAUUAUAUACAAAUAUAUAUUUUUUUAAUUUUAAACGACCUUAUCCUAAUCCGCCACUGAUGUACAAUCAUAGGGCUGCCAACCACACUAAUAAUAAAUUUGUAUUAAAAAAUAUUACUUUAUUAUUGUUGAAUUUCAUUGAUAUUUUUUAUAUAAAAAGUAUCAAUGCAAAUAACUUUCACUGGAUAAAUAUAAAUCUGUUAAAAAUAAGUAUUAAAAGGUGGUAAUGGCUUUCGCACUUAAGGGACUGCAUGAAUUUUUGAAAUUAUCUUGAUUGCCAUUCACAGAUUUUUAAAAAUUUCGAGGUCUCACUAAAGAAAUAUCCACAAACAUUAAUAAUGACCUUCGAGCCUAUUGCUUAUUAGACAGACAGACAUUUUAGAAAACAUGUUUUGCUCAAGUACUAGAUAAAUUACAAAGAUUUUUCCAUACCAUUCCAUUUUAAUAUAAAAUAAAACUUACCUUGAAUGUGUUAAUUUGAAACAGCUUUAUUUAUUUUUUUGUGGAUGCUUACGUAAAUAAUCAGUAUUUACGUAUCUUUUAAUAUUCGCCAGAAUUGUAGCACCUUAUACGAUUUCAAAUCAAAAUGAUGUACUUUGUAGCACCUUAAAAUUUUAUAGAAACAUUCUAAUUUUAAUCCAGUUUAUAUUCCUAAACUGUAUUAUUUAUACGCUUUUAAUUUUAUUAAAAAAAAAGUAAUAAUUCUUAUUUUAAAUUACUUUUGUGGUAACAAAAAUAUUAAUAACUUGUUUUAAUUAAAUAAUUAAUAACUAUUGUUGGCAGUCCUAUAGACGUAUUAUAUUUUAAAACCAUUCCAUGCGUUUGCAGUUUACAUAUAGCGAGUAUCGUAUAGUAUCUGACGAUAUUUCAUCUAGUCGAUACAGUGAAAUAUUAUUUUGAAACAUGAUCUCAACUUUACAGAAGACAAUUUUUCUGGAUUUGAUUGAAUUCCAAAAUAUAUCUAUGUAUAUAUAGUAAUAAUUGUUGUAUCUACAAGCUAUACCAUAUAAAAAUUGUAUAUGUCUGCAAUUAUUGAAAGUUAAAAAAUAUUUUAAUCAAUAUAUUAUGCUAUAUUUUGAAAAAUAAUUUUAU